UUCCCGCAGAGGCAGACAACAGGAAAGUGAGCAAUGUGUCAGUUUUAAUCCUACAGAGUUGAGAACAGAGCAAAAAAAUCUUUCAUUACGGAAAUCGAAUGAGCCAACCCAGGAAGAGGUGAUGAGGAGUAUUUUAUUUAAUACUGGAAAUUUCUCUUUCCAUUGGAGGUUUUUGUUUUUGAGAGACAGGUCAUAAAUACAGCUACUGUUGCUCACUGCCCUUCACUGAAACCCCAGCAAGUAGAAAGGAACAGAAUGGCCCUGGUUUCACAUGUGAUCCUGCUUGUGUGUUGGGCCAGCGCUGUUUUGGCGUGUCCAGAUUCCUGCGUUUGUCAAGAUCCUCGGCUCGUCUGUAAUAAAUUAAACACUUUUCCCCAAAAUCUCCCCUCCUCCACCAAUGCCAUCUAUAUAUCAGACUCCAGCAUUGCUUCUAUUAAACAAGAAGACUUCAAAGAUUUCGCCGAUCAUCUACAAGAGUUCAUGAUCAAAGACACCCCACUGACAGAAGUGCAGCCACAUACAUUGGACCUCACUGUAAAUAUGGUUGUUUUAGGGAUAACUGGGACUGAACUUCAAGAUCUCCCUGAUGCCCUCUUUCAAAAUCUCCACAAACUUGAGAAAUUAAGUCUAAAAGCCAACAAACUUACAGUCAUUCGCUCAAACUGGUUCACAUCUCUGGUUAAUCUCAACAUUCUUGAACUAACUAAAAAUAACAUCAAGUCCAUUCCUGCCUUUGCCUUCCAGUCACUCAGUAAUCUAAAUUACCUUGGUCUUAAUUAUAAUGAAAUAGCUGAAAUAUCAAGUGAUGCAUUCAAAGGUCUUUCAGAGCUGAAUAUCUUACGUCUGAACAAAAAUUUGAUAAAAGAAAUUCCUUCUGGCUGUUUUGAAGAGCUUGAAAAGCUGCAAGAGCUAGCUUUACAAGAUAACGCAAUCACUAACCUUCACAGUGACACCUUCUCAAAAACACAAUCUCUCCAAAAGCUGUUUUUAUCUCACAAUCAGAUUACAUAUCUUCCAAAUGGGAUAUUCCUAAAUUUGCCCAAGCUUUCACAGAUUUCCUUGUACGAAAACCAGUUGGAAAGUUUUGGCCCUGGAGUGUUUGGUCAAAUGCCGCUAAGGCAAUUGUGGUUGUAUGAUAAUAAAAUAAGCCAUAUAGCCGAUGACACAUUCAGAAAUCUUACCCUACUUGAGUUACUGGUCCUUAGUCGCAAUCAGAUCAGUCACAUAUCUGGUAACGCUUUCCGAGGUUUGGAGCAACUUGGAGAGGUGUCCUUACACACAAAUCUUCUGACAACUCUACAAGAUGGGACAUUCCAAGGUCUUCCAAAAUUAUUGAACAUUUCUUUAGAGCACAAUUUCAUCAAGGGUCUUCCUUAUGGGUUUCUUGAAGGAGUGAGCCACCUUAGUCAGAUAGACUUACGGAAUAACUCCCUUGAAAACUUCCCACAACACACUCUGGAUUCUUUUUCUGUUGUAAAUGAAAUUCUUCUUCAUCCCAAUCCUUGGCGGUGUGACAAGGAUAUAGUGCCCUUUAGAAACUGGCUGCUACAGAAUCCAUCAAAGACCAACCAAACUUUAAUUGUAUGUGGCAUGCCAACCAGUCUAGAAGGUGAAAUGAUUGUUUUUUUGACAGAUGAAAGCUUGAUGCUGAGUACCACGGGACAAACCAUAGCCAUCACAACAAUGAAGGCUGACCCCCAGACUCCUCCAUUCAGAAAAAGCACUUCCUUACCAACACUGAAAACCACAACAACAACCUCAAAAAUGGUGGAAGUUACAAGCGGCAGUGGCCAACCGGAAGGAGAAACGUCAGCAAGGAAUACCUCAGUAAUCUUGAUAAUAAUAUCAGUCGUCACAGUUGUAAUUGUGAGCAUGAUCCUUGUGAGCUGUGUGAGUUGGAGGAGGAACAAAACCGGCAGAGGGGAGAUUGCAUGCAGAAAUAAAAACUCUGUGCUCUAAGGAAGCACCAAACAAUGAAACUGCUCACUGUGUUUUGGUGAAAAUUGAAAUCACAAGAAAUGACUUUGUAUACAGAGACUUUUCAUUGUACUGACCCUCUAUUCUUUACUAAUGAGGUGACAAAUGAAAUGAUGAAUGAUAACAUUAUAAUGCACCAUUAACUUUGAUGGUGGAGGAACUGAUUUCCAUGAAGAUGUUAUUGCUUUGCCUGGAAUGUUUUACAGUAUGUCAUUAAAGGGGACAUGAUGCAAAGUUGAUUUGUAAGAGCUUUUAACCAUGUUUUAAAGUAAUUCUCCAUAAAGACUAGCAAAGGGUGGAGAAAGGGGUGGUCCCCCAACCAGAAAAGUUACAUAGUGCACUGGAGGUUUCAUUGUUUACUUGGCUGUAUAAUAACUCACUAUAGCACAAUUUGUCUAACAGAUAUGUUACCUGAUUAGACAAGGUCAUAAUCAUAAAAUGAAGGAGUUAUCUCUCUCUCUCUCUCUCUCUCUCUCUCUCUCUCUCUCUCUCUCUCUCUCUCUCUCUCUCUCUCUCUCUCUCUCUCUCUCUCUCUCUCUGGAAUACAAGCACAAAAAUGGAAUGUCAAUUGUACCAAACUUCUUGAAGGAUACAAAAAAAAUCUACUUUGUACAUCUGUAUUUCAACCUAAUUUUCUACAACUAUUUCUAUUUUAAUAUUCAUUCAUUAUUACUCUGUUCAGAAAUUGUAAAAAAAUAUUAAUGCAAUCUACAAUUGCACCAAAAGAUGGCGCCAUGACAGCCCAAACACAUCUCACUUCUCACGCGCAUGAUAAACUGCGUUUAGACUACUACAUGUUUUAAAUAUAAUGCGUUCUACACCUUUAUUACCUUUUUAUUCCUAGAUCAGGGUCUCCAACUUUCAGCUCUGGGGCUACCAGAAGCUUAUGAAUUUGACUAUAUGUGUGCUGAAUAACUAAAAUUUGCACAAUUAAAUGCCUACUACCAUUGUAAAUGUUAAUGUAAAUGUAAUUUUAAUAUAAUUGUGAUAUCUUUUUAAAUUGUAUUCUUUGUUCAUUGCUUUUAAGUGUUAAGAAAAGAACCAUAUAAAUAAAAUGUAUUACACUGUUA